ACAAUAAUUACCAUACUUCAACUUCUCUCCGUAUAUAUGUAAAAAAUGUGUGUUGCAAUUAAAUAAAUUCCCUUUAACUGGUUUAAUUUCGUAAUCACUAUUUAAAAUGCACUUUGAAUUAUUUAAAAAAAAAAUUAACGAAAUAAACGAAUUUAUAACUUUUCUUCGAAAAACUUUUGCCUAUUAAAUCGUCAACAAAUUACGUCGUCACUUGGCGCGCAAGCACGUUCGAAUAAUCGUUAUUGCAUUCGUGUUUCGCGGUAACAGGCUUAGUUUAUGGCGCAACAGGUGUCUCUUGUGAUCGUCGCGCUCCAGUUCAAGAAUCAAUUCCCUACUAAAAAUGAAUAUUGCGCGCUGACUGACACUCGAAGAGUGGUACCGUUCUGUUUUACGCUGUAUUCAUGAUGCCUGGGGCGCUACCGUGCUAGAGCAUACCCCACCACUUGCCCCGUUCGUGUCCAAGUUUAUAAUAGAGAAGCGUAAAUCAAUCAAAAGUUCUUUCAAUUAUUUUUAAAUUGGAAUUAUUGAUAACGUGUUGAGAUAUGAGUUCUUCUUCCUCCACAGAUUACAGCGUACGCUGGGAAAAAUACAGUAUUGGAUUGGAUCAUUUUGAAUGCGCGCGAAUUUCGUUUGUCAGUGCCACACAAGAACCAAGCCUAAUGUCCAUAUGGUCGACAAGCACUGGACGCAAUUCAGUGUUUGGCGCGGAGGACGGAGCGGUACUCCCCUCUUCGCAUUUGCCGAUACACGUGGCGCGCACACAUCUGCGCAACAUUGACGGCCACUGCUUCCAUAAGCGGUUCCACGAGUGUCAGUCAAAGAUGUCACAGUCAGGAGAUGGCCUUCACACGCCGGGUUAUCUCUCUUGGAGAAAAUUACAACUCAGCCGAGCGAAACUUAAAGCGUCAAGCAAGACGUCUGCUCUACUUUCUGGUUUUGCUAUGGUAGCCAUGGUUGAAGUACAAUUGAAUUCCGAUACGAAAGUACCUUCAGAAAUGUUAAUUGCCUUCGCUGUAUGUACUACCUUGCUGGUCGCGGUUCAUAUGUUAGCUCUAAUGAUAUCAACAUGUAUUUUACCAAAUAUUGAAGCUGUAUGCAAUUUACAUAGUAUAAGUUUGGUACAUGAAUCACCACAUGAACGUUUACAUUGGUACAUUGAAGUAGCAUGGGCAUUUUCCACUUUAUUAGGACUUUUACUAUUCUUAUUGGAAAUUGCUAUACUUUGUUGGGUAAAGUUUUAUGACUUUUCACAAGUGGCCGCUUGGUCCGCUUGUAUCGUAUUAAUACCAGUACUAAUAAUUUUUCUUGCAUUCGCGAUACAUUUUUAUCGAAGUUUGGUAGCUCACAAAUAUGAAGUCACAGUAUCUGGUAUAAGGGAAUUGGAGUUACUUAAAGAACAAAUAGAAUCAACCGAUGUUGAGGGUAGGAAUGGUGUAAAUUUGCUACAAACCAGUGGCGUGACGCAUGUAGUUUGAACAUAAUGAGACAUGAUUUAUGUUACUUUUAAAAUGUGAUAAUUUCUUAUAAUGGAGGAUGGUGAAUCUCUGAUUAUCUGCUCAGGCUGCAAUAUAAACUUAUACAUGUAUAAGUUAUAUAUAUUACAAUGCAAGAUGAAAAUUGAUUCAAAAAGUUUGGGAAAAUACCAAAAAUAAUUGUGUGUAUGACAAAUUUACUCUAGAUGUGAUUUUUGAAUCAUAUAAGAGAAUAUUCAAUACUUGAAAAACAUGAUAACUUUGAAAGAAAACAACUAUUUCUUUCAAUAAGCAAUAUAUUGUAUUCUUCCCCAUAUUUAUCCAUAUAGUGAUGAAUUUUACACGUACUGAAAAGUAAUUUUUGAUGAAAGAGUGUAUGUAUGAAAGCCAAACAUUCCUUUUCUCGCAUAGCGACUUAAUCUAUCAAAAUAACGGUAUGCAGUAAUAUUUAUCAUAUAAUUUUCUUUACCUAUAACUCAAAAAGCAACAAUUACAAAUAUAAGUUUAUAUUUUUCGUUGACAAUGCGUGACUAACUCGCGUUGAAUGUACUUAUUAUCUCGUUUAAAAAUAUGCUUCCCGGUAUUAUUCACAGUUUUUAUGAUUUUGUUCGUUUAAUUUAUUAUUUUAUAAUCUUAUAAGAUGUCCCAUGCUCAAGUGACAUUUCAAGUUUUUUACGUGGAGACAAAAUAAUUUCCUAUUUUAUUGUCUCUGUUGUAUUUGUACUUGGUUGUCAAAUUACUGCCGUCGCUGAAAGAGUGGUAAUUAUAUUGUACAUACUUUUUAUUGCAAACAAAUGAUUUAUAUAUAUAUUUGUUGAUAGAAAAAAUAUGCAAAAUUGAAGUACUUUUGCUACAAUAAAUUAUAUAAAUAACAUUGAUUCAGUUUGUAUUAUAUAUUAUUUUAAAAAAUAAAUAUAUUUAUUUAUAUAAAACAGAAUUUAAACAA